AUGUCUCCUGGAAUGUCCCUGUUCUCCGUCCAGGCCAUCCUCAUCCUGGGAACUGAGGAUGGUGCCAGAAUCUUGGCCAAGUACUACUCCCCGCCUCACAUUUCCACCGCAGGCGGCGCGUCUCCGUCAAACCCUUACCACGACGUCAAGGCUCAAAAGGCGUUCGAGAAGGGCCUCGUUGAGAAGACGUCCAAGCAGACUGGCGACAUUAUCCUCUACGACAACCGCAUCGUCCUGUACAAGCUCGAGUCGGAUGUCAUGCUGUACGUCGUCGGCAGCUUGGAGGAAAACGAAAUCCUGCUGUACAACACGGUCCUGGCGAUUCGCGACUCGCUGCAUCUCCUGUUCAAGCAAUCUGUUGACAAGCGGACCAUUGUUGAAAACUACGACCUCGUCUCCCUUGCCGUCGACGAGAUUGUCGACGACGGCAUCAUCCUCGAAACCGACCCCACCAUUAUUGUGCAGCGCGUCAGUAGAGCCCCGACGCAGGACCUGCCCAUUGGCCGGAUCGACCUCAGCGAACAAGGUGUGAACAAUCUCGCCCAAUUGGGCAAGUCAAAGCUGGCCGACUGGUUACGGCAGGGCCUAUAA